UUUUUAUCAGGCACUAUUCCGUGCAAUGUCCAAAGGUCACCGGUGAGUGCCGAGAGAGGUGUAUUAAAAGAAAUGAGAAAAAGGACAAUCUCGGCACGUAUAAUUAGCAUAGAAUUUUCCUCCUUUCCGAGUACGUAGAGCGAAAGUUACGUUGAAGGUAGCAUAGCGGGACGAUAGCGUCAGCGCGCUAGGGGAGGGUCACGGCGGUGGAGGUGUCGGCCAGUGGCGGUGGCGCGGGCGACGGGGCGAUUGGAACGUGACCUACGCAGGAGAUGUCGACCACAAGAUGACAGCGGCCGUAUGACAACGCUGGGCUGGUUAGCUGGUGAACGCCGUUGCCUCGACACCGGCUUGACGCGACAGUAAACACCGGGAAGACGUCAGAGGAGUUUUAUGCACGAGGUGUGCACCUGCCGCGAGCGCAGCCGUAGCCGAGCGAGUAGGGCGGAUCGAGAUAAAUAGAUAGAUAAACGAGCAGGUUCACUCGACAUCGUCGUCCUCAUCGUCGUCGUCGUGCGAUGCACACAGCAUCCUGAGGUUACUCGCACGCUGCUGGAGUCCCGAAGUGUCGCCGCCGACGAGGAGCGCUGGCCAGCGGCAUGAGCGUCUUCGGGGACUUCCAGCGUGUCUGGGUGCAGCGCUUCCCGGACAGCGCCUUGCCGGCUGCCUGGGAGGAAGACGUUCGAGCAAAUUUGGUCAAGCACAAACAGAAGGUCACAGCGUUGAGAGAAGAACUUGAGAAGGAGGAAUUUUAUGUGGAAUAUCUGGAAAGAUUGCUGGCUGAUGUCGAGCGACAUAAACAGCUGUCCAACAGCACUAAUGCGACAAGCAUAUCCGAGAACAAACAAACGGCGGACUCGUCGCAGUCCCAACAAGACGGUCAAGCGUCGGAGAAGAAUAUCGCGGCAGAUCCGCCGAAUUCGCCGAGUUCGCAGAACGUCGAAUCGUCCGUCCCUCCCAUUCUUACAGAACGGGAGGACAUCAGCAAGUUCCAGGACAAGUGCGUUUCCGAAUUGAGCUCCACUCUCGGCACGGCCAGCAGAAGGCCGAAGAGCGAGAUACCAAGGAGUCCCGAGAAAGUGCCUGAACUUAGAAGAAACAGCGAUCCGGAUGUGCCGAGCAAUUACGUCACUGUGAUCGAGGUUACUGGCAGCUCGAAGAAAGAAAAGAACGAGGAAUCUCUGAAGGAGGAAGAUGAGAAAGAUUUAGAAAAGGCGAUCAACGAAGACGGUGAAGAUGGCGACGCGGAAGCGUCGGAGGAGGAACCUUACUACGAUUCAGUAGCCCUGGAUCAGACCGGCGAAUAUGUGUAUAUCGACGCGCGCGUGCCGGCUGUCAACAGCAACAACGACGGCGGCAAAGCGGCGGCUCCUCGAAGACCGCCGUCGCUGCCGGACUCGCCGGGCAAUCAGAGUAAUUAUGUCAACAUCGAUUAUUUCAUACAACACCGAGCAGCGAUGGACAGCGAGGACGAGGAGGGUGCCAGCCCGGCGCCUCCGAUCUUGCUGCGAGCUCUCAGCACCGAUAACGAGACCGGUAGCAGUGACGCCGAGCCUCUGAGCUUAAGCGAAGGCAGUUUGGAAUCGCCGACUCCUACGACACCGCGUAGGCAGGAGAAGAGCAAGGAUCGCGAGGACGAUAGGACGUCGAUGGUCAAGUGUAUCGUGAACUCGGUGGUGGAGAGUGAAGCUGUAUACGUGGAAUGUUUGACUGUGAUGUUACAAUAUAUGAAAGCUAUUAGGGCAACUCUGACGACAUCUCAACCGGUCAUCUCGGAGGAUGAAUUUGGGACGAUGUUCUACAAAAUUCCGGAACUGCAUGGUCUGCAUCAGACGUUUUUGGACGGUCUUCGGAAAAAGACGGAGAAAUGGGACAGCAAGACUACUAUAGGAGAACAAUUUAAGAUUAUGGCCAGUAAUAUAGGAUUAUACGGUGCAUUUUUGCAUAAUUAUGCUCGCGCGACCGAUACCGUGCGACGGUGUUCCGCCCAUUCUACUCAGUUCGGAGAGAUCACUAGAGAUAUAAGACUCAGAGGUUUCCCGAAGGGCCCGGGUUUGUCGCUAGAGGACUUGCUGCACAAGCCAGUUGCACGAGUGCAGAAGAACGCAUUAGUUUUACACGAUCUUCUCAAGCAUACACCAGUCAACCAUGCGGAUCACGCGCCUCUGUCAGAAGCUCUGGCUAUGACCAGGAACUUCCUCGAUGAGUUCAAUAUCAUUCAGACGAAGUCCAUGUUUCCGAGUCACGACAGAGCUCAACGAAGAUUGGUGAAGAACUCGUUCGUAGUAGAACUGUCCGACGGUCACAGAAAGCUGCGACAUCUCUUCCUCUUCAACGACGUGAUCGCGUGCGCCAAGUACAAAGCAUCCGGUAGGGACAAGUUCACGUUCGAACUGAAGUGGUACGUGCCGGUGGCGGAGGCCGCCGUUACGGAGGACGGUAUAGAGCCGCGCGAGGCCAGUCCCGCUAAUGUGGUAGCUUUAAGGUCGCAAGCUUGUACAGUGCGUGACCAGAUAUUGUGGGAAGAGCGGAAUGACGAAAAGCGUAUCAGGCUGGGCGGCAGAGGCUCGGAGAAAAAUCGCAAGAAACUCGCCGAACUUGAAGCUCAACUAGUGUUGGCCUCUCCAAACCUAGUUCUGCGUGUCGCACACAAAAGCCAGCAGAAUCGAGUGCAAAAUUCGUACACUUUCUUCCUGUCCAGUGAGUUUGAGCGUUCUCAAUGGGUGGAAGCGGUAGAAGCAUUGCAACAGGGCGGUCAGCCUCCAGGACAAUUGCCGCUAUCGAUGUACGAGUUGCAAGCUUGGGUCACGGCUUGUCGGACGUACCUGCAGACGGACAUGGGCAGCUACUUGUUGAGGUCGGGACGCGACGAGAGCUUGCUGUUGGGUGAUCUUCAUCUCACGCUGCUUGGUCUAACUCCACCAGGCUUGGACAGAGUGGGUGAUCUUUAUAUUAUCGUGGAGGUCGACAGCUACGGACAUUAUUUUAAGAGGGCACGGAGUCGCAUUGCGAGAGGUCAAGCUCCAAUUUGGGGCGAGACCUUCGUGGUGGAGUUGGAAGGAAGUCAAAAUGUCAGAAUUUUGUUGUACGAAGAAUGCGGGACGCGUUCAGUGCUACGAGGGAAAUGCAUUCAGCGACUGAGUAGAUCCUGGCUGCAAUCUGAUCAGGUGGAAAGGUCACUGAAUCUGGGACCUGCAACGUUAGACGUAGCACUGCGUUUCGUUCCUAGUGAAGUCACCCUGAGGCGAGUGCCGUCAGCCAAACCGCAGGGUUUAUUUGGCGCCAAGAUUCAGCAAGUUUGCAAGCGAGAAAAACGCGACGUGCCUUUCAUAAUAACGGCAUGCGUGCGAGAAGUGGAGAGACGGGGUGUUGGUGAAGUGGGCUUAUAUCGCGUCUCUGGUUCGGCUUCUGACCUGGCGAGGCUACGCAAGUCGUUCGAGAGCAACUCAUACGAAGCGGAACAACUGCUCAAAGAGGUGGACGUGCAUUCAGUGACAGGCGUACUGAAGCUAUACCUGCGCGAGAUGCCAGAGGCAUUGUUCACCGACGCGCUUUACCCGGCGUUCUUGGAGGCCUUCCAGACGGGCGAUAUAUCGCGGGGACCCGCGCUACGUCGCGUUUACGAGGGUCUGCCGACCGUCAACAAGGCAGUAAUAGACUUCUUGCUGGCUCAUCUAGCGCGUGUUAACAAACAUGAGGCGCAGAACAAGAUGUCAUUGCACAAUCUGGCGACGGUGUUCGGGCCGACGUUGCUGCGACCCGGUACCAACUCGCGCAACGACGCCAAGAGCCGCGAUCCCCUCGCUGCCGGUACCGUCGACGUGAUGGCGCAAGCCGGCAUUCUUUACUGCUUCCUUCAACUGCACAUGCAACAGAACAAUCAAUCGCUCUAGUCGACAGAGUCCCUUCCUCCCUGAUCUCGCGUCGUACGAUUCGAUUCGAGGUCGUUGGCGAGAAACGCGGCAAUCUUCUCUCCGACGACGCGAACGAGAUCAUGUGGGGUUGUCUGAAAGACGGUCUUUAAGGUUUCAUCGAGGUCGAUUAGGUUUAGUUGGUUGAACGUUUUGUACAUGUGUAACGAAUUUCGGAACAUAAUAUCUUUUUGUUACAAUCGAAUGCGAGAGAUUAUAAUUGGAAAUUUUACGUGAAGAUUUUAGUUAUAAAUUCUAUGUUGCCUUUGAAUGAGAAUUAAUGUGAAUGUUUAAUUUUGUCUGAUUGAUGAAACCAGCUUGCUAGCGACGUAGCAACGUAAUCGACUGUGAUCGAUGAGACCAAUAUUGCCAAUCUUCGUUCUUUGGACAGCCUUUCUUUUACUGACGAUCGUAUCACCAGCCUCCUUCGUAGUUUCACGCGGCGUAUCCCUCUUCAAGCGACUUCCAGAUAGAGGUCCACGGAGAGCCAAUAAUGUGAAAUGUAUUAAAGCGGUAGACUGCUGCUGGCUUCGAUGGAACUCCCUCCACAUACGAGGAUGGAACUCCCUCUGUAUUCGUGCGCGUGCAAAGUAACGUAGCAGAGCUGCUCUUAGAGAACGUACAAGCGUCAUAAUAAUAUAUAAUAUACAUAUACAUAUAUAUCUUUUUACUUUCGAGGUCCAUAAUAUAUUUUCUACUCCGCGUAUUAUCAGCGAGCGCGAGAGGGACGUGCGGGUCUCUGCUGUUCGCGCGCGAUCAAAUUUUUCGAUGACCUGCCCCAAGAGAUGAAAUUUGCGAAGAAGCGAGGAAGAAGCAGUCUAAGUGGUGCGAAAGUUUCAGGCGGAAUAUUGGCCAAAGAAAAUCGGUACGAGGAAGCAAAUCAAUAUAAAUAUUAUGUUAAUUCUUAACUAUUGCAGUAAUAUUCUGUUAAGUACUUGUAUACUAAGAGACUAUUCUGAAAAUCGAAGUGGAAAUGGAAAAUCCUAUUAAAGUUUAAGUCUUUGACAACUAAAAAGAGAACGAACAAUUUUUGUAAGAAAUCUAACAUUGACAUUUUGCAAGCCUGAAAUUUAUGCACUGUGAAAGUGUGCAACCCGAAUGAUACGAGGAUCUGAGAGAAGACAUAAGAACCUUCCACGAAGUUCAUAAAGUUCUUGGAACACUUCGAAUAUCUUCCAGAUGUCUUAAAUCUUCGAGAAGCUUUUUAGAUCUCUCUGUUGAAUGUGCUCAAUUUUUAGGAUAUAUUUUGGAUACAUAAAUUUCUUGAAGCAUUUCCAGAACUGUCAAUUUCUAGAAACGUCGAUUAUAAACUAACGUCCACAUUACGCAUUAUAAAUAUUUGAGACAUCUUCUGAACUCGAUUUUUAUACGUCUCUUGGAUUUUCGUGUCGCUCGAGAACAAAGUCCGGUUGCGAUUUGUGCUCUAGAAAAUAAGUACUUUUUCACAUGGCGUGUUCCUAUAACAAAGAAUCUAAAUCUUUUUAUACGACCCUUUUUGUAUAUCCGCGUUGCAGGAAGCAAUGCGGGUUAAUCUUAUCGCCGCCCUGAGUAAUCAUAUGGAUCUUGUACUCUCGUAUACUCACAAACAGCGUUAAUCUCGCAAGCGCCAAAGUAUCCAGCGAAAAGAAGGAUAGAAUGAGAGAGUGAGAGAGUGCGAGUGUCAGUGAGAGCGGUUCGUCGUUCCCGAGGAUUCGCGUUAUUUGCGGGAACUGCGCCCCGCCGUCAUAGUGUGCAAAAUGGAGAACCUACGUUAUACGUGGUAACGUAAUUAUAUCGUCCAUUCCAAUUUACGAACUCGCGAAAUUCUCCACGAAGAAUCGAAAUUCUGAGAGAGAAAGAGAGAGAGAGAGAGAGUGAGAAUUCGAAUUUUUGUGAAUAAAGGAGAGAAAGAAUAACCGUCUCGGUACUGAGAGGUGAUCUCUCAGAAUUUUGGCACAAAAAGACAUACGAUUGCGAGAAAGAGAGAUAGAGAGAGAUAAAGAUUGCCAAGCAGACUGCUUGAUAAUUAAGCUGUGAUUAGACUGAUCGCAUUCAGAGAACGCGGAACUUCCUUCCAGUCAGUAUGAAUAUCAAAAGGAUGUCUAAUAGUUGUCUAAUAGUUGUCAGUUGUUCGGGCAUUUAUUAGCCGGCUAUUACAAAUUUACAUUUUUCAGACACAAUAUGUGUCCGGAGGCGUAUAAUGAACAUUUUUAAUUUGUCAGACAUCCUCUGUUAGGUAUUCUGAAUUUUUGAAACCAUCUCUAGCCACCUAAGAGAAACGUCCUUUAAUUAUAUUUUAACAUGUUUUUCUAAUUUUGUUUUUCAUUCCGUUAUGAACAUUGAUAUUUUUCGACCGAAAUCUCAAUAAAUGUGCGAGCUUGUCGUACAAUUAACUUCAUUGUUGUCUAAAUGCAGCUUAAUGAGACAAGAGCCAAAGAGAAAGGUCCUUUCUCGCGCGUGCAAGGUGUUCCAAAGAAGCAAAUCGAAUUGACUAAAAUGCGAUUCUUUGCGAAAACCUAAAAUAAAUUUAUUUUCAUACGAAACCUCGAUUGUGAGAGAUCUCGAUUCUCUUGAAUGGACGAAUUGAAAAGGCUUUUCUUCUCUUCUUUUCCAUUUUAAUUUUAAAAACUGGAAAUUGAUUGUAUUAUGUUUUUUGGAACACCCCAUACGUUAGAGAAGUAUAAUGUAAUUGAUAAAGAGAGUGAGAGAGAAAGAGAGAGAGAGAGAGAGAGAGAGAGAGAGAGAGAGAGAGAGAGAGAGAGAGAGAGAGGGAAAGAGAAGACGCAAACGCGCGAGUUUGGCAGUACAAAUCUAACAAUCGACAUAUAAAGCCCCGCGCAUUAUGCCAGUCGUUUACGAGAUUGCAACAAUUGCAUGCAAAAAAAUAUAAAAGGAAAACAUAUCAGUGACUUAACUACAAGUUUCCGACUUUUAAACACAUCGAUAAAAAUGUUUUCAUUUCUAGAACUAAAGGAAAUUAAGACUUAUAUUUUUUAGCUUCUAUAGACUAAUAUUAAUUCAAUUAAGAAAGAAAUAGUUUCUAUGUCUACAUUGUUAUAUUAAGUUUUUAUUUGGUUGGCUCCCUUUGCAGGCUUCCUUGGCAGGAAAAAAGGAUAGAAAGAGAGGCGAAAAAUCUCUUACUCAACUAUAGUUACGUCACUGAAAGCAAGAAGAACAAAAAGAAAAUAAAUCAAGUCUGACGAGAGUGUUCGAGAGAUAGAAACAAAACCGAAUAAGUAUUAAAUUGUUCUAUACUCGAGCGAAGGCAACUAUAUGUAUAUCUCGUGCGUGUGGAGGCAACCGUGCGUGCGUGCGUGCGUGUGCUUGUUUCUGUGUGUGCGUGCAUAACUCUCCCUCCCCCUCGCCCCGUGUAUUAUACCGUAAAAAAAAAUAUCACAUAUAUAUACGUUUAAUUUUGAUAUCGUCUUUAGCAUUUUAAGGAGCGUCGUCCCCUUUUUGUACAUUCAUACAAUACGUGUAAAGACUCAAGUUUUUCCUUCUAUUAUUAUUUGUGUUAUUAUUAAUAUUAUUAUUACUACCAUUAUGCUAUUCUAUACACGAGAUACACAGUUAUCGUCACCUAGUAAACUAUUUGUUACGAAGUUCGACCGAGCUAGCUUGUCCGCAGCGAGACGAUGUACUGCCAAAAGAAAAAAAACCACAAAAACACUUAAAGUGCAUAAAUAUACACCGAAAGUUUAUAAACUUUUA